AUGAAGACUAUGUAUUUUUCCCGUAACUUUAUAAUUUGAAAAAAAAAAACAAACACAUUUGGUUAUAUGUAUUUCAUUUCGAUGUACUGCAUUUUUUUUUUCAGCCAAAAGAACUGCGUACAGCCGAAUAGUAGCACCGAAGUAUACCGGCGUCGUCAAGAAGUUCUGCGGAGACGACACCGAGGUAAACAUUAUAGUUGAAUACAUGUAAAUCGUGUGUUUAUGCAAUAAUACUCGUAACGAAAUAGGUUUACUAAAUAUUUGUUGUAUUUUCUCGGCAAGACCGCGAUCCCAGAACUGAACCACGUCAAAAAGUAUUGGAUACAAAGGCACCUACUUUUCGUGCGGUUCGACGCCGGCAUACUUCUGGACCACAGUACCCUAUAUUCGCUGCCCAAUAAUAAUUUAUCUUGUUUUGUGUCUUGUGUUCGAUUAUUAUUGUAGUUCGGUUUGCUCUGAAGUUUUGGCGAAGCAUAUUGCCGACCGGUGUCGGUUUCCAGACGGGAUCGCCGUUGACCCGUUCUGCGGCGCCGGCGGCAAUGUGAUCCAGCUGGCCAAAACUUGUCGCAGAG